GUUUCAAAUAUGGGGGCCGGGUCUGGAGGACUGCCCCAGGAUGCCCCACCUCCUCUCAUUUCCCCGGGCACCUUUGCCCUUCAACCUUACCGCCUUCUUUAUGCCUGGCCAUAUACGGAGAGGCAGCCCGGUGUCUCAUGGCGCCUAUGAGUUCCUCAGCCGGAGUUGUUAUGCUGCAAUCGGUGGAGGGUGGUCGUGGGUUCCUCUUGUUCCUGCAUUGGAAAGCGGGGAAAUGGAGUUGGUUUCUGCGUCCUUUAGUCUGUCUAACCGUGUUUCUGUUUUUGAUCCAGGCGGUACCGGCUAUGGCUGAGGGAGACGGCCUUAUUUCAGUGGAUUAUGAAGUGUUUGGGAAAGUCCAAGGGGUGUUUUUCCGCAAACACACACAGGCUCAAGGAAAAAAGUUAGGUGUGGUUGGCUGGGUUCAGAAUACAGACUAUGGCACUGUUCAAGGACAGAUCCAAGGCCCUGUUUUCAAAGUGCGGCAGCUUCAAGAAUGGCUUCAAAAGAAGGGAAGUCCCAAGUCCCACAUUGAAAAAGUGGAUUUCCGCAAUGAGAAGAAGAUAAACCAAUUAGAACAUAAUGACUUUUGCAUUGUGAAAUAAUAAAAUAAGAGCAUUAUAUUUA